AACUUGUCCUCUUUUCAAAAACAUCAAAUUCUACUGACUUACUUGUUUUUGUUACAAAUUUCAGAUACAUAACGAUGAUGGGGUCUGGCUUCGCCUAAAUGUGGAGACUGUCCGGAAGUAUUGUGGAAGUGGCUCAGGAGGAAGUUGGGGUGGAGGUGUGCAGCCUCUGGACCUUUCAAAUGACACCCCUCCGCACCGCAUCACCAUCCAAGAGGCUUGGUGCCUGCAAUAUAACCAGCACCUUGGAAAAACACUCCUACUACCUGUUGAGGAGCCUAAGGCUGUCACGGAACAAGUGCAGAGAGAUGCUAUAAUUAGAAGAUUGCCUGAUUUGAAUUCCAAGGAUGGGCGCGCUAAAACUAUCUGUGUUGGAUAUCCUGCAACAUAUCAUGUUGUGAAGUGUGGAGCUUCUGGGCAUAACAUAAGAAGUCGACCAAACUUGAAAGCUCCUCCUGUUGGAAUGCUAGUUCUUGGGAACACCAUUGAUAUCAUUGAUCAUGUGGUUACUCUAGAAGGAACAUGGGUACAACUGGACAAGAGUGCCAUGACUAAAUACUGCUUUAACUCAGAUGGAGAAGCGUGGUCACUAUCUAGUGGAAGAAAUGGCGCUGUUUAUCUUCAAGCUGAGGAUGAACUUUUUAAAGAAAUGUGCACUGACUCUGGAAAUCCAGAAAAUGCCUUUGGUGCCUCCCCCAAGAAAGGUUUUGACUUUAUCAAUACUUCUCCACACCAACUUAUGGCUUUUGGACUGUCAGAGGCAGAGCCCACGCCUGCUGCACCAUUCAAAUUUCAGCCUCAUAAUUCCCCUGGCCAAAGUCCAGAGAAAACUUCAGAGCCCAAAGGGUUUUGGGAUGAACCUGCUCCUUCUACACCACCAAAAACCUUCUUUUUUGGACCCCAGACUCAAACUAAUGUACCCCCACCGCCGAAAGUUGUUCCCAGGACUACAUCUGAUGGAGAAAGACGUCAUUCAACUUGUAAACCACCGCCUGAUGCUGAGAGGGAGAAAGACGGACAAAAGGAGAGGCGCCAGAGCAGUGAUGGAGGAAAAUUCGCAUCCCUACAAAGAUGGUUGAAAGGAGAUGAUGGAAAGAAACCACCAGAGCGCCCUUCUGCCCCACCAAGAGGUGAUAUGCCCCCAGAGCUUGUAGGUGUCUCUGUUAGGGAUUUGGUAAAAGCAAUUGGUGAAAGUUCUUCCAAUGGAAAUACAGCAACACCACCAAGCACCCCAAAAAGAAUGUCACGCAGCUCUAGUCCAAAGGCACCUCUUCUUUCCUCAUCUCAGAUUUCAGAAUCAUCAUCUUCAAGCCCUGUCCCAAUACCAGGUCGUGCCUUGUCUGGCAUGGUUUUAGAGAGUCCAAGCCCAAGUUCAAGUCCACAAGCUGCAGGUUCUAUGGGAAUAUCUCCACUAGUGUCGAGUGGUAUGGCAGAUUUUUCAUCACAGAGAAGGAGCUCCACCCAAAGUGACACGAGUGCAUUUGCGAGUAGUCUAACAAGAGACCAAUCUUCUGCGAGUCCUGGAAACACCAGAGAUCUAUCUCCUGGUUCUAGCUGCAGCAUACAGUCUGAGGGUUCUACCAAAGAGGACACUAUUGCUAAACAAGCUGAACAGGAGUCAGACAGUAGCAGCAAAUCAGUCAGUCAAGCCUACACACAGACUAGUCCAGAGGGAACAACUGUUGUUAAGGGCCGAUUCAGUAUGGGUACUGCUCACAGUGCUAAAGAUGAAACACGUUUAUCUCCUAAACUUUCUCGAAAGGCUGACAGAAGUUUGAAAGCUCGAGGUGGAAAGCGGGCUGUAUCCCCUUCCCCUGCGCCUUUACCCACCGCUAGAGUCAUACCACAACCUGUGAAGGAGGCUGUCAGUCCCUCUGUGGCAGAAAGUUUAAGAGCAGUAUUUGCAGCCUUUUUAUGGCAUGAAGGAAUAGUGCAUGAUGCAAUGGCCUGUGCCUCCUUCCUGAAAUUUCACCCAAAUCUUCCUAAACAAGGAGCUGUGGUUGUUACAAGACCUCAACCAAUAACUAGCAAACAGGGUGAUAAAGUCAGACAACGCCAUUCAGUAGAGGUCACAAAUGCUGGAAGCUAUUUGCAUAUACAACCAGCCACUCUUGAAUCCCUCACCCGUUCCGCUGCCAAUGCUAAUGCGAACCGCAGUCGCACUAAAAAGCCACAGACUCAAGCAGAAGCAAUCAUUCGAGAAGAAAGUGGAAUUCCUGGAGCUAUUGAUGGUGUACCACUACAACGGUCAGGAGCUUCAAGCUCUGGAGAACCCCUGCGAAGUGGGAUACCGCUACCAACUCAAACUGUAGCAAUCUUACCUCCAGCACUCAAAGCUCUUGUCCUACUCUGGGAGCAAUUGAGCACCAGCUGUCUCCAGGCAAUCAAUAACCAGGCAGCGUUGCUUAGCCCCAACCCGAGCACCUCCUCUCAAGCUCGAUCCCUGCAUCGCCUGAAACAAAAGGAGAAAGCUGUGUCAUUCAAGGAUCAAGAUGCCAACAAGGAAAACAAGGACACGAAAAAGUCGGGUCGCAAGAAGAAAGAAUGGCGUUUUGUCAGUGGCACGAACGCUGGCAUUUCAGCCAACGGCGCCGCCGCACCGGCCCUGGAGAACGAGACCGUCUGCGAGCUCUGCGGCAACUGCUACCCGCACCCGGUGACGUACCACAUGCGCGUGGCGCACCCGGGCUGCGGCGCUCACGCGGGAGGCAAGGGCUACAACAGCGGGGGCAACUUCUGCGUCGGCUGGGCCGGGAACUGUGGCGACGGAGGCAUCGGCGGGAGCUCUUGGUACCUCGUGUGUGAUGCCUGCAGGGAUCGGUAUCUGAGGACCAAGAAGUCAUCGGCCGGGCAGGGGCAGCCGGGCACGCCCAAGAAGUCGGGCAUUCCCUUGCGCAAGAGGAGCGUGUACUCGGGGCCAGGCACCCCCAUCAAGAUGCUCUCUCCCGGGGGCGCGGUCCCGCCUCAAGACGUGCACAUCAUCAUGAGGAACAAUGCCAUGUUCCUCCUGGAGCUUGCCAGCGCCGCCGGCUCGGGACUUCAUCUUGAGAGGAGGCCGUCCCCCAACAUGCCGACGGUGGCGGAGAACUACAGCCCGCAGGAGGCGUCGGGGCCCUUCACGCCCGUGGGGCCGUUCCAGUGCCUGGCGGCGCUCGGCGCCAACCCGUCGCAGCUGCGCGAGGACGCGGCGCACUCGCACGCCGCCGCCUUCCCCGGGUACCCGGGCUACGCCGGCCGGGCCGCCGCCGAGGAGAGCAACGGCAACGGCCACGGCCACGGCGGCCACCGCGGCGGCGGCGGCGCCAGGCCCGUGUCCGAGUUCUACUCGGACAUGGAGGCGGACGGCGCCCGCGGCCGCGGCCUGGGCCUCGGCUUCCACCGCUCCGUGUCCAUGGGCACCAACGGCGCGUCCUGGAGCAGACGCGAGGGCGACGGCAGGGUGGUCAUGAUGCGGCGCAGGAACAACAGCGGCGGCGAGCAGGUGUCCGGAGAUGGGGGGUCGUACUUGCUGUGCUACCCGUCGGCCGCCCUGCAGAAGCUGGUGCCCAACAUGGACCGCUCGGCGAUCGUGGCGAGCAGCUCGGCGUCCCCCGGCACGGUGCCCGGCACCAAUGCAGACAUCCUGAGCCGGCCCGUGAUGACCUUCCUCUUCCAGCACCACAACCUGGAGAGCCUCCAGUUCGCCAUGAAGCAGGCGCUGCGCAAGGCGUCGUGCCGGGUCUACGCUAUGCAGGCAUUAAAUUGGCUUCUGCACAAUGUCUCGCAACCCUGUAGUCUCCAUGACCUACUGUGGUGGCUGGUAGCAGCUUUGACAUCAUCCAGUCAAGAAUCAGAACAAGAAAUAGAGGCUAGCCGUGGAGACGCUCAUCGCAAAGAUGAUUUGGAUAUGCGUUCCAUUUGUGAACAUCCUUUGAGUGACAUCAGCAUUGCUGGAGAGGCAGUCCAUCCAUUGCCAUCCACAUUCCAUGGCCUACUACAAAGUGUGGCUGAUCUUAUGCUGUUGCUGCCACCUGGAUCUGCAUUGCAACAAAUGGCGGUGCAAUGCUGGGGUCUACGUUUUACUCCUCAAGAUCAUGUCUUCCUUCAUAGGUCUCAAGUAUUUAGCAACAUAAGUAAAAUAUUAUCUCAUACCGAGGAGGAACAGGAAGAUUUGACUAUGAGCAUGAAUGAAAGCCACCAAUCCAGCUUUUCACAGGUCUACUUCAACAAUGUGGAAAUUCUCAAAGAUCUCACCCCAGAUGUUGACAUCAAGGCAUCUAGCCGUCAAGCUAUGGUGAUGAGUUUGACUGAUAACUCAACUGAGACAUUUUGGGAAUCGGGUGAUGAAGACAGAAAUAAGACCAAGAUAAUAACAAUUACAUGUGACCCACGUGCCAAUCCCAGAAUGAUAUAUAUUCAUGUGGAUAACUGCAGAGACCUUGCAAAUAAAGUUUCAAGUGUUAUUCUUUUGACUGGCCAAGCUGUAGAUGAGUUGUACUUCAUACAGCAAACAGAUGUUGAAAAUCGAUCAACGGGCUGGAUAUGUUGUCCCAUUCUAGAAGCCAACCAUUCUGUCAUAAGACUGGAGCUGAAGGGGCCAGAUAAUUCUCUAAGAUUACGUCAAGUUAGAAUUUUGGGUGAUAUGCAAGGUGAAAGUACAAAAGUACGCCAGCGCAGUGCCCUGACUAUUCAGCAACGUAACUGUGAAGCAGAAACACUCAGAGUUUUCCGCCUAAUUACAAGCCAAGUUUUUGGUAAAUUGCUGCAACAGCAGCAAAUUUCUGACACUGACUCCCAGCAACCCUCAGGCCCUGAGCAGAGCGAUUCUGCUCAAAGAGAAGCUGAAGAGAACAAUGAUUUGAAAGAACACAUGGUUGGAAUACUUUUCAGUAGGAGCAAACUAACGCACCUGCAGAAGCAAGUUGUUAUUCAUAUCGUGCAGGCCAUUCGUAAAGAGGCACUCCAUGUUAGGGAGGAGUGGGAAAUACUCCUCUGCUCACCACCCAGCGCCUCAAGUGCUGGUCUUAAUGUUAGUUUUGGCAAUGGAGACAUGAUGAAGCAAGCCGAUGCAUACUGCUUUGAAAUGCUCUCCAUGGUACUUGCAUUGUCUGGAUCAAGUGUUGGCAAGGCUUACUUAUCUCAGCAGCAUGGCUUGAUCAGAGAUGUGCUCAGUCUCUUGCAUACAGGGUCAGCCAGAGUUCAGAGACAAGUGACAUCACUACUACGCAGAAUGCUUCCGGAGGUAGCACCUCAGUCUUUAGGCAGCAUCAUGAAUAUUGGCCAGCUCCCUCCUGCUGACUUUAGUAUUGUAACUGUUGUCAGUAAAACUUUGUCCCAAACAGAUUCGUCAUUUGAUAUCCACAAGGUCAGUAUUUUGGACGUAUUUUUGAGCUGCAUAGCCAAGGCCCUCACUGUUCAGGUGAAAGUCAAAGGGAAAGAAGCUGGGACAACAGGAGCUGGUAGUGGCAAAGGUCUGACCACUGUUACUUUGGCAACAUCCAUCCACCCUCGUGAUUUUGUUGGGGCUCGUUGGUGGCUGCGUGGGUGUAUAACACGCAAGCUUGCUGAAGUGAUAAUCCAGCUCCUCAAAGAUAUGGCUGCAGGUAAAAUUUCUGAUUCCUGGGCUGAGGUUACCAAAGGAGCAAUUGCGGAAAGUAUACUAAAUUUGACUCGCCUCGGAGAAACUGAAAGAGCUCCCACUGAAUGCCUUCGAACUCCUACCUUGUGGCUUGCCCUUGCUGCAUUAUGUGUGCUAGACAGUGAUCAUGUUGAGAGACUUUCAUCUGGAGAGUGGCGUGGUGCUGAUGGACAGCCUCCACCCCCAAGGCCAUUAUGUAGCAACCAUGAUGAUGGUGAGACCGGAGCCAUUAUUCAGUGCAGUGUCUGUGGUAAUUUGUGUGCUGAAUGUGAUCGUUUCCUGCAUCUUCACCGACGUACCCGCAUGCACCAGAGACAGGUGUGCAAAGAAGAGGAGGAAGCCAUUAAAGUCGAUCUCCAUGAGGGAUGCGGUCGUACAAAAUUAUUUUGGGUAAUGGCCUUGGCUGACAGUAGUACUUUGAAAGCAAUGGUUGAGUUCAGAGAACGGAGAUCAGGGAAAUCAGCCAACUUUAGUUCUGGAACAUGCCGAUUUUGUGGAGCAACUGGCAAUACAGGAUUACUUGCCAUCAGCAAUGUAUGCGCUGACCAAGAAUGCCAGGAACAUGCUAAAAAUGCAUGCACCAAACAUAAUCCCUGUGGUCAUGUAUGUGGAGGUAUUGUAGGUGAAACAGCAUGUCUACCUUGUCUCCAUGGUUGCUCAGGAAAUCCAAGUUUGAAGCAAGAUGCAGAUGACAUGUGCAUGAUUUGCUUCACUGAAGCUCUCUCUUGUGCUCCAGCAGUGCAGUUGUCUUGUGGCCAUGUAUUUCAUUUGCACUGCUGCCAAAAUGUGCUCAGCAAACGCUGGCCAGGCCCAAGAAUUACAUUUGGAUUUUCUCAGUGUCCUAUAUGCAAGGCUGCAAUUGAACAUGAAGUUCUAAAUGAAUUGUUAGGGCCAAUUAAGGAAUUAUUGGAAGACGUUCGUAGGAAGGCAUUAAUGAGACUUGAAUAUGAGGGUCUCCACCAGACAGAAGCUAUCACUACACCUGGAGCUCGAUUUUACAAUGAUCCAGCAGCUUAUGCAAUGGAUCGGUAUGCCUAUUAUGUGUGCUUCAAGUGUAAUAAGGCUUAUUAUGGUGGUGAAGCUCGCUGUGAUGCUGAAAUGGGAGAGCAGUAUGAUCCUACUGAACUAGUGUGCGGAGGAUGCAGUGAUGUAGCUAGUGCACAAAUGUGCCCUAAACAUGGCACAGACUUCCUUGAAUACAAAUGUCGAUAUUGUUGCUCUGUUGCUGUUUUCUUCUGCUUUGGUUCAACUCAUUUCUGCAAUCCAUGCCAUGAUGACUUUCAGCGAGUCACAAACAUCCCUAAAAAUGAGUUGCCAAGUUGUCCUGCAGGUCCUAAAGCAAAGCAGCUGGAAGGUGAUGAAUGCCCGUUGCAUGUAAAACACCCACCAACUGGUGAAGAAUUUGCUCUUGGAUGUGGUGUUUGUCGCAAUGCACACACUUUUUAACCACCAUUACUAUUAUCAUCUAACAAACCCAAUCCAUACUUAUACUAGUGGUACUACACUGUAACACGUCUGUAUAAUUAACCACCAAUAAUGUACUAUUCAUUUAUCUGCUCUUCAAUAUCAUCAACCAUUUUCUGCUUAGAAGCUAGAACUUAAUAGACUGAUGGCUUUAAGAAAAAAUUAGCCAUGAUGACAUUUUGUAACUAAUACUGCCCAAUUAUUGCCAAAGCAUACCUGAAUGUUCAACUGGAGUUGUGUAUGUUGUGUAUGUAUUGGAUUGACUUUCUAUUGUAUAACUCAUUCAUUGUAUUCUCAUAUCAUGAACAUGUCUUUUUCCUAUCUCAGUUUUUUUGAGUGUAGAAGAAUAUGAUCUAGUUUGUCAAUUGUGUUAUAUUAUUUAUGGUCUGAUAUUUGUUUUGUGAUUUUAGUGUGAGUGUGAUAUGCAGACUUUUUACAAUAUUUGUUUGUGUGCGUCGGAAUCAUACUUAUCUUGUUAUACUGAGUUAUUUGCAUUAAUUAAUCUGUUCUGUGGUUUUAUAUUUAUUUAUUUCCAAUGUGUUCAUUAUCUAGUUAAUUAUUAGGUGUACUUGGUAUUAGACAUUUAAUUUUACUAGUCUCAUUAUUUAUUUAACUUUUAAGUUCCAACCACAGUGCUUGGGGUUGGACCGUAACCUAACUAUAGAAAGUUCACCAAAGUGUCCCUUCUACAUUCCAUGUUUCUAUGUGAUAUUAUUUCUGGUCAUCAAUAAGUCAACUGUAAGGCAGAUCUACUGAUGAACCUCUAGAAACUCUAGUCAUUUUCUUUUUUUGAUCCUCUAUGAUCUCUUUACUUAAAAAUCUAUGUACUUAUCUCUCAAUUAAUUCCUAGAAUCAUGAAGUAUAUGAGUUUUGUCUAAUUUAUAAUCACAUGCUGUUUAAGUGAUUGCCCUCAGUAUUAGCCAUUUCUCCGGUAUAUUUUUACCUCUACUCACGAUUAUAUUAU